UUGGCCGGCCCGUCUCCCAGCGCUCGCCGGCUCCGUUCAAGAUGGCAGCCGCGCGGAGUCCGCGGUGGUCGCGGCAGCUACUGUGGCGAUUGUGGCGGACCUGGGAAUUCGCUCCCAGUUCGGCGUCGAUUGUGGGCCUGCGAGCGAGAACCUAUUCCCGGGGCGACGGCCCGUACUCGCGCACGGCGCUCUACGAGCUGCUCGGCGUCCCCCCCACGGCCACGCAGGCUCAAAUCAAGGCGGCCUACUACCGGCAGAGCUUCCUCUACCACCCGGACCGCAACUCCGGCAGCGCCGAGGCUGCCGAGCGCUUCACGCGCAUCUCCCAGGCCUACCUGGUGCUGGGCAGUACCACGCUCCGUCGCAAAUACGACCGCGGGCUGCUGAGCGACGAGGACCUGCGCGGCCCGGGCGCCCGGCCCUCCAGGACGCCCGCGGCCGACCCCAGCCCGCCCCGGCCCCCGCCGGCCGCCUCUCGGGCCCCCCACGGGGGUCGGGCAGCCCGCGGGGGCGCCGAGCGCACCAUGUUCGACUUCGACGCCUUCUACCAGGCACACUACGGGGAGCAGCUGGAGCGCGAACGGCGCUUGCGGGCCCGGCGGGAGGCCCUUCGCAAACAGCAGGAGGAUCGCGCCACCAAGGGCUUCAAGUGGGACGAGGUCCGGGACACGACCUUCAUUUUCCUCUUCCUCUUAGUCUUCAUCAUCGUCGGCUUUCGGAUCUGAGCGGAGAGAGGCGGGAGGAGCCGCGGCUCCGCGGGGCCCGAGACCUUUGACCUUCCGUAGUCUACCUCGGCUUGGGGUCCCAGGAACUGAACUCCCGCUACCCCCCUCAACCCGCCCAGCUACGUCCCUCCCCGAGGGUCCAAGAAAGAGCCCCCCCCCCAAAGAUGGAGAUUCCCGGAAGUCCGGAGUGCAGGGUUUCCCCGGGUCCCUUCCUGCUUCCCUCGGAUGUUGUCAGCGACUGGACCACUUGCUCUGGCUUUAUUGUGAGGCCCCGAGCAGGAUUUGUCUGCCCCCCACCGAGCCGCGUGGGGGCUUCUCUGUAACCUUGAAACGUGCAAUAUGCCCAAGCACUGGCUGCCAAAAAAAUUCUGGGGUCGUCCGAGAA